GUUGAAAGAAAGGCCCGCCGCAAGCGCAGACGAGAAAGCAGAAGAGCAUCUCCCACGCUGUUGCGGAGCAGCAUUGACGUUGCCGAGAGGAGACUUCUCGAGACGUCGCUAGCGGGUUUUUCCCGAUCACGAAAUCCUUCUUCAAAUGAGAUAGUUUCGCUUGGCACACACUUCCGGCAGGACUGCGUAGCCGAAAGUGUAGUAGGAGAGUGUCGCGUAGUAGACGAACACAAACUUGAUGCUGCUGAGGAGCUACAUGCAUCAACCAUGAUUUGUGACGACAUGUGGUGCCUUAGUAAAGAUAUGGAGAGUGCGUCAGUCGAUGAGCCGGCUUUGGAUGUUACGGGUAUGACGGAAGAGGUGGAUGAACUCCUGAAGGACGAAGGUUCAGCUUCCGCGACUUUGGUGCAGGAAGACAUUGAUGGAGAGCAGGCGUGUGCAGCCGAACAGCAGGACUCGCGAUGCCAGUGGAGAGACACGGCAGUAUUCACGCCUCUGCUGUCAUCGACAGCCGCGGUUGACCCGGGCACUAGUUUUCUGGUCUCACCGCCGAAUGCAGCCACGCCCGAUGACAACGCGCACGACAAGUUUGUGCAACGUAACGAUGGAAUCGAAAAUGCGCUCGAACAAACCGGUGAAACAGUACUACCAGAAGGGCACGACGAAAAACCAGAGGCAGGGGAGCGCCUGCAUGCCGAGACCCCCAUGAACAUCAAUGACGUGCAACCCUUGACGGAGAAUCCCGAUGUCGGUGAUCAGUGUGAAUCAGCGGAACAGCAACAGGACACCGAAGAAAGAGAUGACCAUAAAGAAAAAGAUUCUCUUCUGCUUUCGUCGACACACUCUAUUCCGGAUGCGGACGCCAUGCCCCUGCCCGUCUGGAGCAGCGCAAAACAAUCACGAAGAACGGUUCAGAGCUCUACGAUGCAGGUUCAGCUGUGGAAUCUGGAAAUGACAGGAGAUGCGUGGACAGAAUUUUCUAGUUUGUAGUAUUCUAAGGUGGAAGGAUGAUUUGAGCCACACGCGUACAUUAAAUGCUGAAGAAUCAAUGCCGGGAAAAUGAAACGCACAGGGACAACAACAUUGAGAUAAUGCGUAAUGACUUCGGCUAAGGUAGAAAGACACUCUCUAACUCGAGUUGAUGAAAGUACACUUUGGUUGUUGUCUUGAUGCAGCUGGGUUUAGCUUUGAUGAAUACUUCAGAAAGUAACCAUGAAUACUUCAUUUGAUUGACGAAUGCUUUAUACUCUACGUACUGAAUAUUUUUGUUCAAAUCCUUUCUUCUUCUUGGUAUAGAAGUUGAUCAAGAAAUUUGUUUAAGAGAAGAUUGUUCUCAUGGUUUGAUCGGUGCGCGACCCUCGCAAGAAUGUUCUAUCCGGUAAUAUUGAUACUGACUUGUAUUGAUCAAAUCUACAGUGAAGGAUCGUGAAGGAUCUACUUGAUGCUUUGCCUGGUGCGGAAAAGAUGAAUCGGAAUCAAAAUUGUGCCUGCGAAGAAUUUACGAUAAAGUGCCGC